GUCAAUUGACAUAAUAUAAUUUAUACAGCCCAACUACAGCCGUAGGCUGAUAGAAAUUUUCAAAGAGGACAUUUGAAUUUUAAAUGUAUCGACGCGUAUAAACUAUAGGCCUAAAACGGAGCUUCAAGAUGUUAUAUUUGUGAAAUGCAGUGUGAAUUUUACAUUUACGAUAUAUCAGUGAAAUGUAGGUAGGUACCUGACCUGUAUGGCUGUAUGUAUCGGACAUUCGAGCUAGAACCUUGAUACAAACAGAACUACCACAAGUCACAGAUUCUGUGUGAAUACCUACGCACCGAUACAUCAUAUCGAAUUUUACUGGUUAAAAAUCUUAAAUCAAGACUAUUAUAUUUUUAAAAUUUAUAAUAAAAAUAUUAUAAUAUUAUAUAAUGUAUAAUAAUUUGGUCAGCUAUGAGUCUUGAUCAGAAUCUAAGGUUGAGGUUUCUUCAUUGGGAUCUAGUAGGAUGUCCUGAGGUAGCCGAGGUUUGAGUCUUAGAUUUGUGGAUUUCUUGCCGAUAUUGUAGUGGCAAGCUCCGUCUCAUAUCAAAAUAGUUUAUUAUACAUAAUAUGGAACAUCAAAUUAAUGUCAAUGAAUCUGAAGCUGAAAUUUGCUCAAUUAAUAAAACUAGACAAUAUGAUAAUGUUAUAGUCAAUAAUACUGAAUCAGAGAAAUUUUCAAAUGAAAAGCGAAAAGAUUAUUUAAGCUGGGAUGACUUUUUUAUGGCAACAGCAUUUCUGAUUGCUAAACGUAGUAAAGAUCCUGUAACACAAGUGGGUGCUUGUAUUGUUACCCCGGACAAAAAAAUUGUUGGUACAGGAUAUAAUGGAAUGCCCAUUGGAUGUAAUGAUGACGAUUUUCCAUGGUGUAAAAAUAAUCCUUCAGAGUUAGACAACAAAUAUUUCUAUGUAUGCCAUGCUGAAAUGAAUGCAGUGUUAAAUAAAAAUUCUAUGGAUGUACGUAAUUGUACCAUGUAUGUGGCACUUUUUCCAUGUAAUGAAUGUGCAAAAAUAAUAAUUCAAGCUGGUAUCAAAGAAAUAGUGUAUUUGUCUGAUAAGUAUAGCUCCAAGCCAACAAUGAUUGCUGCUAAAAGAAUGUUUAAAGCGUCAGGUGUUUCAACUAGACAACAUAUUCCAUCAAAACAGCAUCUUGUACUUGAUUUUUCAGAAAUUAAUUCAAAUAUGACACAAAUGCCUAAUACUCCAGAAAAAUCAAAUUAUAAAUAAUUUUUUUUAAAGUAUAACUAUAUUUGACUUAAUUAUAAAUUUGAUAUUAUGGCUUUGUGUGGCAUGGUGAUUGGCCUCAGUCACUAACAUGUUCUUAGGUUAAGCAUCGUUCAGUGUCGCUAGCCUUUGGAUGCUAGAUGAAUGAUAAUCCGAAUUUUUAGUUAUAAAUCCUUGCCACCUAUAUAUGUGUUCUAAAAAAAAUACCCUCCUUCACUGUAAAAAAACCAACUACAGGCUAAUAACCAUGGCUUUGAAACCUAAAAAUCUAAAAAAAAAUAACCAAUAAUACUUAAUAUUUAAAAUUACCUGUGAUGAUAAUUAUUCUCAAUGAUUGAUAAUUACAAGACUAUUUCUUUUUAAAUAUUUUGUAUUAUAUAUAUGUACUUAUAACUAGUUGCAACAUAUUAAAACGACUGUUUUUCAUUUUAAA